AGACCUGCAGGAAUAGCUGUACUUUACAGAACUGGAAAGCUGGUUCCACCAUGAGACUUAACUUCUGCCUGAUUGUUCUUCUUGUGUCCAACUUUGCGGCACUCCUCCUCAUUCCGGGUGCUGAUAGUGAAGAUUCAAACUGCGAAACAGAAAUUCGAGUGCGGCGCAACACACAUCGUAAAGCUCUCCUCGGGCAGCGCCUUGUGAUUGACUGCCCAGUUCAUUUCUGCAUCAACUCAACACCAACAGUGUCCUGGUUUAAACUUGAUAAAACUGCUGUCCCUGCUGAUGUCAGCAGUGGCAGCCACAUUAAAACAGAGUGGAAACAGUUAAACCAUUCUGAUGGGAUAUCACAUUUGAUUUUCCAAAACAUUCUCAUGAGCGACUCAGGUGUGUAUCGGUGUCACAGUGAUGUCACUGUGAGUCACAGCAUCAACGUCUCUGUCUACGGUAAUGAGGAACUCACCACGGACACUGAGCACGACUAUUCCGCCGAAAUUCCAUUAUCAGGACACUUUCAGGACUCUCCUAGGCCAAAUCUUUACCGUGUCAUUGGAAUCGUGGUGUUUGUCAUCAUAGUGAUAAUUAUGCACGUUACAUCAAAAUCUGCAUGUAAAGGUGUCCAUUGUGCAAGAAGAUCCAGAGAAACACCAGAUCCGAGCCCACAGCCCUCCGAUCAUGCCUUGCCUGUCUUUCAUAUCUAUGAAAAUGAUCAGUAGCCCCUAUCUCUAUGCCUUGAAAUGAAUCAGCUGUGUUAAAUCUCAAGCCAUUAGUGUGAUGAUUAAUGUCAAAACAUUUCAAAGUAUUCAUUUCAAGAUGAAAGAGCCUGCACCUUAUGCCUGAUUUAUUCCCAUUUUUAAUAAUUAGUGUUACCAAUGCUCAGUUUUAUUAUUUAUUAUUAUUAUGUUUCAUUAUGUAUUAUGUUAUUGUUAUUAUAUUGUGUUCAUACGCUUUGGGGAUUAUUGAUUUGGGUUUGUAAUUAAAUCAUUUUUUACCAUGACAAAAUAUGUUUUUUCUCAAUCAUGUGAUAACCCUUGUGACUAAUGGUGAACGUUUGAUUCCUGUAAAUCAAGCUGUAAGAAUGCAGAAGUGAAAUUUCUCAGGUGCGAAACCGCUUUUCUUCCAAGGCUGCGUGUGUGUGUGUGUGUAUGUGUGUGAGCAGCAUGUAACACGUUUACAGGUUAAAUAGUUUAACUUUCUGUACAGGUAACAAUCUUUGUGCACACAUCCGGUGCAGACACCUUUUGUAAAUGCGAUCGUUUAUCUCUAUUUGUGUGUGUGUGUGUGUGUUUGUGUUUGCACCUCUACAAAGUAGAGUACAGUAUCUGCUGCGCAUUUGGGAGCAGACAGACUGUCGUCUGCUGAACAGGAAGCAGAAUUAAACCACAUGUCACAUAAACAUACUAUACGUAAAAACAAAAGCUGAAAGUUGUGUUACAGUGAAGAAUAAAAAUCAU